AUGAUGGAGGACCCGACGCAAGUGUUGUUCACCGAACUGCCCGUGCCGCUGUUGUCCACGGCGGCUCUUCUCAGGCACCACCACCACACCAGGUACCAACCAUACCACCUGCCACACCAAACGCACCGUUUCCACAUCCAGCAGUUCGUGCAGCCCCACAGGACCUAUGAGGAAGAAGAAACGGACCAUGGCAAAACGCACAUCUCUUGUCUCUACCCGGAGAUCUUGGCCAUCAUCUUCGGGCACCUAGAGGUGCGAGAUAAGGGGCGAGUUGCUCAGGUGUGCACCACCUGGAGGGACGCGGCGUACCAUAAGAGCGUUUGGAGGGGGGUGGAGGCUAAACUACACCUGAGGAGGGCGAACCCUUCGCUGUUCGCGUCUUUGGUGCGACGGGGGAUCAAGAGGGUGCAGGUGCUGUCGCUGAGGAGGUCGCUGCGAGACGUCAUUCAAGGCAUACCCAACCUCGAGUCCCUGAACCUGAGCGGCUGCUACAACGUCGCCGACAUCGGCAUCUCGCACGCCUUCGUCUCGGACUGCCCCUCCCUGACGCAGCUCAACCUCUCCCUGUGCAAGCAGGUCACCGACAACUCCCUGAGCCGCAUCGCGCAGUACCUGAAGAACCUCGAGGUGCUCGAGCUGGGCGGCUGCUGCAACGUCACCAACACCGGCCUGGUGCUGAUCGCCUGGGGGCUCAAGAAGCUCAAGCGGCUGAACUUGAGGUCGUGCUGGCACGUCAGCGACCAGGGCAUCGGGCAUUUGGCCCUGGGGAACCAGUCUUUGGAGUAUCUAGGCCUCCAAGACUGCCAGCGCUUGUCCGACGAGGCCCUCAAGCACGCUACCGGCCUCACCUCCCUCAAGUCCAUCAACCUCAGCUUCUGCAUCAGCAUCACCGACUCCGGCCUCAAGCACCUCGCCAAGAUGGCCAACCUGCGCGAGCUCAACCUGCGCAGCUGCGACAACAUCAGCGACCUCGGCAUGGCCUACUUGGCCGAAGGCGGCAGCCGCAUCAGCUGCCUCGACGUCAGCUUCUGCGACAAGAUCGGGGAUCAGGCGCUGACGCACAUCAGCCAGGGGCUGUUUAACUUGCGAAGCUUGUCGCUGAGCGCCUGCCAAAUAUCUGACGACGGUCUGGCCAAGGUGGCCGAAACGCUGCACGACCUCGAGACCCUCAACAUAGGACAGUGCAGCAGGGUGACCGACAAAGGAUUAACGACCGUGGCCGAGUCGCUGACGAGGCUCAAGUGCAUAGACUUGUACGGGUGCACGAAGAUCACCACGGUGGGUCUGGAGAAGAUCAUGAAGCUGCCGCAGCUGAGCGUGCUGAACUUGGGACUGUGGCACGUGAGGUGAAACGAGUGAUGUUUAGAUAG